AUGGCGGCGACGGCGACGAUGUGCCUUCAACCGUUUGUGCCCGAGAACGCGCAUGUCAUUUUCAAUGAGGCCGGUCCGUAUUCCGAGGGCACCGUCGCCAAAUAUAGUUGCGCGCUUGGCUUCGAGCUCAUCGGCUCCGAGGAGCGCACGUGCCAAUCGGACGGCGCGUGGUCCGACGAGGCGCCGACGUGCGGCAUCGAUGUCGCGUUCAAUAAGCCGGUGACACAGUCGAGCGGCAGUGUUGCCGUUGGCUCGUGCACGUCGACCAACAAUGAGCACAAUUCGUUCUGGGAAGUCGACCUACUAGGAGAAUACUCGAUUCGUUCAAUAACCGUCCGACUCGGUCAUCAAUCGUCCACAAUAACCGCGCUAGAAGCGAUCCAGAGCAACGGGCGAGUUCAGCAAUGCAUCAUCGAUUCAAGCCUAUUUUCGCCGAACACGACGCGCGCAAUCAGUUGCUCCUAUGACGACGUCGUCAAAAUUCGAUUGACCGCCGCCAAACAGCUGAAUUUGUGCCAACUGAGCGCCUACGCGAUAAACGCAGUUUCGCCGUGGCAAUGCGCGCAGAGCCAAAUGGAAGUGAUCGGCGUCAUCAAUGGGAUGUGCUAUUCGGCGAGCCGCGACGAGCAGAUCGAUUGGCUCGGCGCCCAACGGAAAUGCCUCGACAGAGGCUCAACCCUUCCGAUUCGCAUAAAUGAGUCGACUCGUCGCGGUCUUCGUUUCGCGCUAAGCUCGUCAAUAAACGCUAAAGCGUUCUAUUGGAUUGGCGCGUCGGCGUCGACGACCGAAUGGCGAUGGGUGGACGGCGACGGAAUUGGCGGCGAGUCGGAUUGGCCGGGCGCGAGUUCGCCGGCGCCGGCUGCCGCCGAAGCGGUUUUGAUGGCGCGACCGCUCGACUGGAAAUGGGUGCCCGCUUCGCAGACCGCGUGGAACUCGUUCAUAUGCCAAUCAAAGCCGAAGUUUUGCACGUCGCCUGGCGUCGGCGAGGCGACAAAAGUCGCCUUCUCAUCGCACUCAUACGCCAUCGGCACAUUGUGCUUCUACUCGUGCGACGACGGCUACGAAUUGCACGGUGUGAAGCAGCGCGAGUGCGCCGAGAACGGCCGAUGGACGGGAACGAUUCCGAAUUGCUAUAAAAAAUCGUGCGGCGCUGUGCGACCGUGGCCGAAUGGGAUUGUGAGAAUGCUGAAUAAGACGACACUCUACCAAAGCGAGGUGGAGUACACUUGCAAACCCGGCUUUCGCCUGCCCAACUCGAUGGUCUCGUUCCGCCGCUUCUGCCAAUCCGACGGUCAAUGGUCGGGAAGCGCGCCGAGUUGCGAGCUCGUCGAUUGCGGUCGUCCGCCGCCGAUCGCCAACGGCCGCGUGUCCGUCGUCAACACGACGUUCGACUCGUCGGCCAACUACACGUGCCUAGCCGGCUUUCGACUCAUCGGUCCCGAAACGCUGUUGUGCGGCGAUCGAGGCGAAUGGCAGCCGGCGAGUCCGUUCUGCUAUGACGUCGCCACACUUCAAGAGUUCAAAUCGACGACGGGCGACUCGCAGCUCGCCAAUUCCACCGACGGCAACAUCGCGCUGGCGGUGCUCGCCGUGAUUCUCGUCGCGUGCCUCGUCGCCGCCGUUUUGAAAAUGUCGCGCUCCGGCGGUCCGAAUCACUCGCUAUCGCACGAUAAGCUCAACAGCUCGACGGCCGCCAUCUACGCGACGCCGUGGAUCCCGCCGCAGCGUCCCGACUCGGUGAUCUACUACGCGCCAACCAUCGCGCACAUGGAAGUGCCGCCGCACCUUCUGCAACUUCAACAAUUGCCCAACGGCAAUAUUCAUGUGACGCUGCCGAUCGGACGACAACUAUCGAGGCCCGCGCUGCCAAUAUUCAGGAACACCAUCUCGCCAACACCUUCUCAAAUUUUGUACUCAUUCGAUCAUGAGCCCAUCUACGAUGUGCCGCCCGAUAUUCAUGACGAUGUCUACGAGAGGAUGCCGGAUCGCCCGGCGCCGCCGCCUCCACCGAUUCGUGGAAAAAGCAGCCAAAUCUAG